CUCUUUUGCAUCUAUAAAGUCGGAGUUUAACCUACUUGCUGUAGACACAGCGGAGCGCCAAGCGCUGGUGUGCGCCCGAGGGAAUUGAUGCAACCAAGCUGUCGGGUUUGGGGUUGCAAGCGAGCGCCCGGGCUGACUCGGUAGGCAAGGCAGAGGGCGAACGGCGCCAAAGCGACACGCGUCCGAGCUCCCACUGCCCGCUUUUGUUGUGUUGCGAACCUCUCUUCGGAUAGCCGCCGCCUUCGGGGUGCCCACGUUGCCAUGGCAGAUCACAUGAUGAUGUCGAUGAACCACAGCGUGAACGGGCUGCAGGGCUAUCGGAUGGGGGUGAACGCGCUGCAGGGCCCUCCCCAGCACGGACAGCACAUGCUAAGGACGAUACCUGCCAACCACCAGAUGAUGCAAUAUGGAAACCCCAGCCUGGACGCGGGUAUGAGGCAACGACCGGGCAUGAGCGGACAGAUGGGGCAUCACCAGGUGCCGAAUGCCAUGAUGUUCAGCAACCCUAACCAGCAGCAGCAGCAAUACAUGGGACCUGUAGGCACUCAGCAACUUAUGGCCAGCAUGCACCUGCAGAAACUCAACACCCAGUACCAGGGCCAUCCGCUCAUGGGCAUGAGCAAUGGGCCCGUGGGAACAGGUGCACAGCAAUACAGAGUGGGACCCGGCCAGCACCCUGGCAUGCAGCAUAUGCCCUCACCUGCUUUGACCUUGAAUGUUAUGGACACCGAUCUUGUCGACGAAGAGGUUUUGACCUCCUUGGUCAUGGAACUGGGUUUGGACCGAAUUCAGGAGCUGCCGGAACUUUUCCUGGGACAGAACGAGUUUGACUUCUUUUCGGACUUUGUCAGCAAACAGCAGCCCAGCGCCAUCAGCUGCUGAGCAGCUGGAAGCGGGUGCUCCCUUCCCCACUCCACCCGAUGGCUUGAUUUCCACACACCUCCCGACUUUUCCCUUUUGUGUGUCCCCCUUUCCUGCACAAAUGCAUAUAGGCAUUCUCAGCUAUCCCUCAUCUUGUCUCCUAAUACACAACAGACAAUCAUCAGAGGCUUGCACUGCGUUGCUCCUUCGGGGGAGGGGGGGAGGGGUUGGGUUUUUUUUUUAACCUCUUGCACUAUAGUAAGCAGGAGGCUUUUUGCAGCUCUGAACGGAAACUGAAGACCCGGCCUUGUUCAAGGAUCGUUCGCUUGGCAGCUAUAGAAUCUCAGUCUCUGGGAAAAAGGAAAUGGGCCUUCUGCAAAACUACUGUCUGUUGUGUCCAGACCACCGAGGAAAGGGUUGGGCAGGCAAACUUGGAUCAUAUGGUUGGCUGUUUUCAGUGAAGUUGGCAAGCUACUCAGAACUCCCCAACACACAAUGGCUUUUGUAUUUUGAAUGGUUCUCCAAUCAUAAAGGGUGUAUGAGUGGGAGGUGGUAGGACAUGCCCCUUCAAUACUGUGAAGUUAGCAGGAUAGCAACCAGUUCUUUCCCUUUUGAGUCAGAGGUCUCUUCCUUCGGAUGUUCUUCUUUUAUACCCUCUUUCAAAUCAACCUGGGUUUGGCAGAUAUCCUAAUGACCGCCCCUCCCCACAUGUAAGUGACCAACCUGCAUCAAACUUGGGUCACCUUGAUAUAAAAGAAAAAUAAAUUUUAAAAAUUGGCUCAGCUAAUUCCCUAUAAAAGCAUAGGACUCCCAGGCAAUCACAAGCAUAAGCUUUAAGCUGCCACUUACAACUACUUUUUCUGCCUCUGAAAACAAAAGUCCUUGUAAUCCUAGAUUUCUGAUAGUUUAAAAAUCUCAUGGUUUUCUCCCCCCCCCACCCCCCCCCAAUCUUUAUUUGAAAGAACUGGAUUGAUUUUUCUUUUAUUGGGAAUGCAUGCAAGCUUCUAUCCCAACAGUGUUUUUAAUAACCAUGGGGGAAAGUAUUUUUAAAACUAUGACUGCAAACAAGAUCCUUUAGCGUUCUGACACACUUUUCUUUCUCCUGGGGUUUGAUUUGAAAGACUAGUUUUACUUAUGAUUUUGUGUUUCUCAGAAGAAGAAAAGCAUUCAGCGUGACUGGCAGCUCGCUUCUCUUUCAUGUUUCCAAAAGCGUCUGGGAAAGCCGAAUAGUCUAUGGUCUGUGCACCGACUCUGAAGUUGCUACUGCCCCCUGUUGUUGAGAGCGCAUAGCAGCACGUCAUUGUUGAUCAAUGAAGUGUGCAUGUACAGAUAUCAAUGAUUUCCCCUUCCCCCCCCCCAACAAACAAUAAAAGCUAAACCUCAAACUGAA